CUCCAUUUUGACCACCGCUAUGGAUCGUGAAUAGGACGCAAGACGGCUUGCUCACUACUCGGCACGCUAUCCCUCUCACUUCUCGCCCUCUUCAUCGCACGAUUGGGCGAUGGUUGCUAGAUGCAGAACAUGAGGCCCAGCAGUAGACAAUAUCGACGACUACCACCUCAACCUACGAAGAAGUGUGCUUUCAUCAACUGUGUCAACCCUGAGUUGUCUCAAACGGACCCGUGCUCUGUAUGCGACAGAGAGGUCCAUCACCUGUGCUCUACUGACCUGCACGACUCAGGCCACAGAUCCGUGCGUUUCUGCAGUGACGCGUGUGUUGCUGCGUGGAAGACCAAGAACCCGCCACCUGAAGUGAUGCCUUCCACGAAAGAUCAGUUAGACGCUUUCGACGCUGCGGGCUGGUCGCCGGGCGCGCCUCACCAGCAGAACAGUCAGUCCUCGAUCACCGAGAGCGGUACACUGGAGCUUUCCUGCAGCCAGUCGUCGGAGGAGACCACUCCACCUGGAAGCCAAGUGUGGACGCAUUCAUAUGGAAUCCCGCUUGACGUCCACCACUACCGUCAUGUCGGCAAGAGGGACAGCGUGUGGGACGUUGCGCACAUUUUGGCGACGCCGAUAGGUUCACGCACAUCUGUGUCUUGUGCACGGCGAAUGCAACCAGUCAGCCUAACGCUGCAGCUGACUCAUGGCAGUGAGGGCACCGACGCUGGAGCCAUACGUCUAACGCCAAGGAUCACAUGGUCGCCAUGCACAGCACGCACCGGGUAGGCAAGGAGGAGAUGGCGAAGCGCACCAAGUGGGCUCGUCGCCAAAUUGACUCGGCGCUGAGCAAUGUCUCUAGAUGUCCGUCACAACGCAUCACGGACAUGCCACCCCCUGAGUCGAAGAUGACCAAGCGCGGAGCUCUACAGAAACGGUGAAGCCCAACCCAAAAGGAGCUCAAUGUGCACAUUGCGCGCUGGCUGAUCAAGGACGGUAAGCUACUUGUUUUUAGUUAUGUGACAAGAUGCACUAACAAUAUCUAUCUGUGAUGC